GUGUGUGUGUGUGUGUGUGUGUGUGUGACAGCUGCGAGCUGAGCUCAGUAAAGCUUCAUCUAUAAUAGGAUGAGCGGCCGCUCGUGUGUGUGCGCGCGACGCUGAAUGAAACGCUCAUUGUUCGAUUUAUUGUUUCUGUGAUAUUUUAGCGGAUUGAUUGAUCAGUGAUCAGAUGUGAUCGGAUGGAUAUAUCGAUGUGAAGAAGGUGUCAAACACGGUUGAAGUUCAGAAGUGAUCGUGUGGGACGCGGUGCGCAGGGAAAGAUGCGUUCGGAGGUUUUGUUGCUGUAUUUCUCUCUGCUGCAGACGGCUCGGGCCGCUUUCCCAGAGGACACCGAGCCAAUCACUAUUUCACAUGGCAACUAUACAAAACAAUAUCCAGCAUUUGUUGGACACAAACCAGGCAGAAACAACACACAGCGACAUAAACUGGACAUUCAGCUGAUUGUGAUUAUGAAUCGGACUCUGUAUAUCGCUGCCAGGGAUCACAUUUACACCGUGGACAUUGAGACGACUAACACAGACACAGAGAUCUUUUUCAGCAAGAAACUGACCUGGAAAUCCAGACAGGCCGACGUGGACACCUGUAGAAUGAAAGGCAAACACAAGGAUGAAUGCCACAAUUUCAUCAAAGUUGUUCUCCAGCAGAACGAUGAAUCUCUGUUUGUGUGUGGAACUAACGCUUUCAAUCCGUCCUGUCGAACCUACAAGAUGGACAGCUUGGAUGCCAUCAGCGAGGAAAUCAGUGGCAUGGCCCGCUGCCCGUAUGAUGCCAAACAUGCCAACGUUGCCCUGUUUGCUGAUGGGAAGUUAUAUUCGGCCACAGUCACAGAUUUUCUGGCCAUCGAUGCGGUGAUCUAUCGCAGUCUGGGAGACAGUCCCACCCUCAGAACCGUCAAACACGACUCCAAAUGGCUGAAAGAGCCAUACUUUGUUCAGGCGGUGCAAUACGACGAGUUCAUCUAUUUCUUCUUUCGGGAAAUCGCCAUGGAAUACAACAGCAUGGGAAAGGUGGUUUUCCCGCGUGUGGCACGCGUGUGUAAGAACGACCGCGGCGGAUCUCAGCGUGUGUUGGAGAAGCAGUGGACGUCUUUCUUAAAGACUCGACUCAACUGCUCCAUCCCCGGAGAUUCGCAUUUCUACUUCAACAUCCUGCAGGCCGUCACCGACGUCAUCCACAUCAACGGACGCGACGUCAUCAUGGCGACCUUCUCCACACCAUAUAACAGUAUCCCGGGCUCAGCCGUCUGCGCGUACGACAUGAACGACAUCGCCACGGCCUUCACCGGACGCUUCAAAGAGCAGAAAUCACCCGACUCCACCUGGACUCCAGUUCCUGAGGAGAAAGUGCCCAGGCCGAGGCCUGGCGUGUGUGCGUCUGGAGAAAAGUUCAAAGUGUCCAAUGAGUUUCCCGACGAAACGCUGAACUUUAUCAAGAUUCACCCGCUGAUGGACGAGGCCGUGCCCUCCAUCGCAAACCGGCCCUGGUUUCUGAAAACGAUGGUUCGAUAUCGUCUGACUCGUAUCGCAGUGGAUAACGCCGCCGGUCCUCACCGUAACCACACGGUUGUUUUUCUGGGUUCUGAGCGAGGAAUCAUUCUGAAGUUUUUGGCUAAGAUGCGGAGCGGCUUUCUCAAUGACAGCCUGUUUCUGGAGGAGCUGAACGUCUACAACCCUGACAAGUGCAGUAUUGAUGGAGUGGAUGACAAACGCAUCAUCAGUAUGCAGAUCGACCGCAGGAGUCACUCGCUGUUCGUGGCGUUCUCCUCGUGUGUGGUCAAAGUCCCUCUUUCUCGCUGCCAACGACACGGAAAGUGUAAAAAGUCCUGUAUCGCCUCCAGGGACCCGUACUGUGGUUGGGUGUCAGACGGCGCCUGCAGAGAAAUCACAUCUGACGCAAAAUGGUCUUUUGAGCAGGACGUGGAGCAGGGCAACACAGAUGGACUCGGCGACUGCCAAAGUAAGCAGAACCCGUUUACUGAGAGCUGUGGUCAUGACAAGAACCUCACAAACAGCUGUAGACACACAUGCACACACAUAGACGUAAUGUUUUUUAUACUGUACAAACUGUAUAUUUUAUCCCCUACCCCUAACCCAACCCCUAAACCUAAAGAUCAUAGAACACUUUUUGCAUUUUUAGAUUUUUUUAAAAAUAUUAGUACAGUCACUGGCCAAUCAGAAGCUUUGAUUUCAGAGUGUUUAUGUGACGUACAGUAUGGUGAAGGAUGUUUGUGUGAAAGGUCAGAUUCAGACGGACGGUUCACACCUUUAUUGGGUCAGAGACGCUCAUGUGUUUGUACUCCAGCAGGACUUCUCACCACCCCCCCGCCCGCUGCCGGCGGUCCGCUGGGUCGGGGUCGUAUGGUCAAGCUGAAGGACCCUCCCCUGCCCGCUGAUACGAGGGAUCUGUAUGUGUCGCAGGCGGAGAACGUGGGUGUGAUCCGAGAGACGUACCAUCGGGAUCGGGACGGGAUGGUUCCCGUGACCCUUCUGGCCAUCGCCAUCAUCCUCGCCUUCGUGAUGGGCACCAUCUUCUCGGGCAUCAUCGUCUACUGUGUGUGCGACCACCGGCGGCGGGACUUCAAUGUGCCCGUCCGCAAGGACAAGGACUCGGUUCAGUCCAGACGAGGUUCCAUGAACAGCGUCACCAAGCUGACGGGUCUUUUCGAGACUCAAGGCAAAGAUGGCCGCCCGGAGGCCGUUCUCACCCCGCUCAUGCACAACGGCCGUCUGCCCAACGGUAGGACGCUCAUCAAAGCGGACCAGCAGCCAGAUCUGAGCGGCCUGCCAACGCCCGAGUCCACACCCCUUCAGCCUCGCCGCAAGCCCAGCCGCGGGAGCCGCGAGUGGGAGAGAAACCAGAACCUGAUCAAUGCCUGCACCAAAGACCUGGUGUCCGUGGGCUCCGCGGUCAUCCCCACCGACCUGCCGCUGCGUCCGUCUCCGGGUCACAUCCCCAGUGUGGUGGUGCUGCCUCUGCCUCAACAUCAGCAGGCCUACCAGCACGAGUACGUGGAGCAUCCUCGUCGGGCGGAUCUCUCGGAUGACCCUGAAACAACGCUGGAGUACAAAUCGCUCAAAAGUGCGUCAGACGACGAUGGCGUGCCGCCGCGGGUACCCCAGCGCGAGGCGUCUCUGACCGCCGCCGUUCCUCCGGCCGUCCCGCAGAUGGGCAAGAGACUCGACGUGUACGCCCGCGCCUACCAUGCCAGUUCGGGCCUGAAAAAACAACACAACACCAACUCGUCCAACUCCUCGCACAUGUCCAGAAAGCACAGCUUCCACGUGGAGACGCCUCCGCCCGCUCCACGGAGGGUGGACUCCAUGCACGUCACCUCUCCGCCGCCAGUCCUCGGGCUCGCGCGUCACCUCGGCCUGAGCUCGUACGGCUCUCUGCCGCACAGGCAGCUCAAGCCGGACGUCCCUCCCAAACCCUCGCUGGUGUCUCUUUACACCAAAGUCAAGUCGGGCGACUCGUGCACAUAAUCCGUGCCGAUCUGAACGCUAAAGUGCAUCUGUUCACACAGCUGCGUGCUGGAAAUGCGACUCUUUAUUUCCUUUUUGUUUUUGACACCUUUUUGAGUCCGUGCACACGGACCUCGGGCUCACGAGUUCCCGGACGGCAAACGUGCAACAUCAUCAGCACUUAGAGACGGAGAUUCUGUCCGGAUGAGAAUGUGAGGUCACGUCGCAGCUGAGCAAGGCCGAACGAAACCACACGAGGCGCUUCUCCAGCACUUGGAACCGGAGUGCCGCUUGAGUUUACAACUGUGAAGAAACGUCAGUGUUAACGCUACUGGACGAAACAAUCGAGUUCUACUGUAACUGACUGUUAAUACUAAUAACAGCUUGUAUUUAUUUCUUUUUGAAUAAAGUGCUUUUGGAGAAAGACAAACUGUUUUUAGGUUGAACAUGAGAAGAGUUUUCGUUUGAAUGAAAUUAUUCAAAGUCAUUUAACUGGAGCCAGUACUCGGACGGAGAGAAGUGAAGCCUCUGUGUCAGAGAGGAUUGUGGGUAAAUCUCACUUAUACAGGAACAUAAAUAGAAUGAGCUUUAUUAAAUCUCACAACAGUCAACGAGUCGCACUUAGAAAAACAACGUCUUUCAUUUUCCUUUUGUCGAUUGGUUUUGGUCUUUUUCUUCCACGUGUAAAUUUGUGCCUUACACCCGAGUAGUAGCUGUUAACUGUUCUCUAACUGUAACUGAUGAUGAUGUUUGUUUUCUUUGUUUUGAUUUUUAAAAAUAGAAAAAAAAACUACAUUGUAAUUGAAGAAUGUUGAUGUUGUCAUUGUCAAAUUUAACCACAAAAGAUUCUGUGCUUGAUUUCUCAUUGUGCCAAUCAAACGGUGAAAUGUGUUUCAGUUUUAGCUUUUUCUGUUUUUACUUUUCACCAUGUUUUUACACUGUUUGGUAGAUGAAUUGAUGUUUCUCCUCUUAAUUCUGGCUGUUUUAAGGCAAUAAGAGAAUAACACACACACACAAACACAAGCUUUCUAAUGUAUUAUGAACGGCGGUGAAUGCGGGCUGGCUCCUGUGUACACCUGCAUUCCAAUAAUAUUAGAAAACUUCAUGUUUUCAAUGUUUGUGACAGAUUGCGAUUAAUAUAAUUUUCUAGCUCUAUCAUUGUAAUGUAAUAUGAGGGAUUGUUAUUUAACUACACAGGUUUUAUUAAACUUCUCACGUGCUCUAGUUUUGACUGUAGAUAGUUGAAGUGGCGUCCAUCUGAAUAUUCCAGCUGUUGUUCUUCAGACGGUUCAUCCUGAGAUCUCAUCUCAUGUCUCUGAACGGAGAUUUCUGUGCCGGUGCCGGUGCCUUUGGACGCCUCUAGAUUUCUGUUGGAAUUCUCUCGACGGUGUGCAGUUUGUUCUCUUGUAUGAUGUCGUUUUGUCAUGAGGUUUUUCUGGACCUCUUCCUCAUCUGAUUCACAGAUAAAUGUAAAGAAAUUCUCUUUAAUAAAUGGAUCAAACAUUUCA